UAAUUCUUAGUCUCCUGCCUGUUACAAAUGGAUCCACAACUGCCUUAGACCUCUGGCUCCUUAUUCCCUGUAACAGUACUUUCUCCUUCCUCUAACCUUUAGUACAAAAAAAGGAAAUGAAGCACAGCAUCAAGGAAAAAGAGAGAACAAAGGAGAUGUAAUUCCUCCUGUGCAUCUCAGAGGGCCCCAACAACAGAAAGAGCCCAAGCAAUAGGAAGAAGAAUAUUUCUUCCUGUGGCUGCUUGUAACUGUUGCUCUUGUCACCACUGUUUUUCCGGAUUUGCUUCUUUCUCCAUUCCCACAGAACCUCAGCAUGCGAGCAUGGGGCACUGGUCUGCAUCAGCAGACUCUGAAUGAGGUAAGCCUCGCACCUCCUUGUCAGUCUUCUGAGUGAAUCAGGUUACCUUUGUAGCUGCAGGGAUAAAUGCUUAUUAAAAACUGAAGGCUGGAAGCAUGUAAGUUGAAUUUAGAGGCUAGUGGAGCUUAAAGAAUUGUAGUUAAAAUUUUAUGAUAGUGAUACGAGAGAAAUAAUCUUGACUGUUGGUGCCCAGGAUAACUUUAACAGGUUACAGGUGGGAAGAGUAGAGGAAGCAAGUCUUUUGUUUACAAACUGAGGAAAAAUACAGACAGUGAAAACCGAUGUCGUCAAUAUGGAGUUCCCCAAUACUUUUCCAGUUGUUUUCUAGAGAAGAGAGCACUGUUUGUUCUCUUGGGAGUUUUUGCGUGCACUGAAAAUGAUGAUGCCUGAAUAAGUGGCCUCUGUUUCUGUACAGUCCUUGGCUUUCUGCAGUAUUUUUCAGUUCAAGAACAUUGAUCUGUUUUUGUGUAGCUGGAAACACUUCAAGGAGAUACUCACUUCCAUGAGUUUACAAGAGUAAAAAUAUUGGCUUUAAUAAAUAAAUAAGGAUUUUAUUUGUUCUACUCGGAAACGGGAAACAGCACUAAAUUGUCUGCGCUCAUCUUAUAAUUUGGAAACGCCUGAUCUUAUCCUUUCAGCUGAGAAUCAGAAUUCUCAUUUCCAGUGAUGCACUGUAUUUGCCAACAUUAGGGGCAGCAAAGGAAGAAGCAGCUCAGGAAGAACCUGACUGCCUUGCGAAAUAUUUCAGUGUUGUGUGGUGUAAGGCAUCAAAGAAAAAGCACAAGAAGUGGGAAGGCGAUGCUGUUCUUAUUACAAAAGGAAAGUCAGUAAUAUUGAAAGAUAUGGAAGGCAAAGACAUUGGAAGAGGUACUGGAUAUAAAUCUAAAGAGCUAGACAGUCUUGAUGAAGGUCAAACACUGAUGGUUGGAGGAAAAGAAAUUGAAGUGAUGGGUGUAAUUUCAGCAGAUGACUUCAGCAGUGGCAGGUGUUUUCAGGCUGGAAUAGGGACGCAUGACACAGUCCCAACUGCUUUUUCUCAAACUAAUAUGAAACCAUUCUGUAAACCAUUCAAAAGUGUCUCUCAGCCCAAUACUAAAGAGAAUAUGCUCAAAGAUUCUCAAAGCUACAAACCUCGCCACGAUCCAAAUGCUUCAAAUUCUCUAGUUAUGCCAAAACCAAAUGCAAGUCAUCAGUGGAUGUUCAAUAAGGCUGGUUUACCUAUGGUGGAUGUAGUUGUGGACCCUUACAUUGCAAAUAACCUCCGACCACAUCAGAAAGAAGGAAUUAUAUUUCUGUAUGAAUGUGUAAUGGGAAUGAGAGUUAGUGGCAGAUUUGGAGCUAUUCUUGCUGAUGAAAUGGGCUUAGGAAAAACAUUGCAAUGCAUUGCACUUGUCUGGACUCUUCUGCGUCAAGGGGUCUAUGGAUGCAAACCUGUACUAAAGCGAGCACUAAUUGUCACCCCUGGGAGUCUGGUAAAAAACUGGAAAAAAGAAUUUCAGAAGUGGUUGGGAAGCGAAAGGAUCAAAGUCUUUACAGUUGAUCAGGACCACAAGGUAGAGGAAUUCAUUGGUUCUCCACUUUAUUCAGUUAUGAUAAUCAGUUAUGAGAUGCUACUGCGAUCUUUGGAUCAAAUUCAGGCUAUAGAAUUUAACCUCCUAAUCUGUGAUGAAGGACAUCGUCUGAAGAAUAGCUCUAUUAAGACAACUACAGCCCUCACUAGUCUGUCUUGUGAUAGGAGGAUUAUCCUUACUGGUACUCCAAUCCAAAAUGACUUGCAAGAAUUUUAUGCAUUAAUAGAGUUUGUGAAUCCAGGAAUACUUGGUUCUUUAUCCACAUAUAGAAAGAUAUAUGAGGAACCAAUUGUCAGAUCUAGAGAACCUUCAGCAACAAAGGAGGAAAAAGAAUUAGGAGAAAAAAGAGCAGCAGAACUCACACGCCUCACUGGACUCUUUAUUCUAAGGAGAACACAGGAGAUUAUAAACAAAUUUCUGCCCCCCAAAAAGGAGAGCAUAAUCUUCUGCCGACCAACAGCACUGCAACUUGAAUUGUAUCAAAAACUGCUUAGUUCUCGAGUUAUUAGGUCCUGUCUGCAAGGCAGGCUAGAAAACAGUCCUCACCUAAUAUGUAUAGGAGCUUUGAAAAAACUUUGCAAUCAUCCGUGUCUUCUAUUUAAAGCUAUAAAGGAGAAAAGCUGUGAUCCUGUGUCUGAUGAACGUGAUGAGUCUAGCCUCUACGAAGGUCUAAUAGAUGUCUUUCCGCAAGAUUAUACUUCGGACACUUUCUCUGAAACUGAUUCAGGAAAAUUGCAGGUGCUGGUGAAGUUGUUAGCAGCAAUCCAUGAGCUCAACUCUUCUGAAAGAGUUGUACUGGUAUCCAAUUACACUCAGACAUUAAACAUAUUACAAGAGACUUGCAAACGUUAUGGAUACUCUUACACUAGACUUGAUGGACAUACUCCUGUCUCCCAGAGACAACAGAUUGUUGAUACUUUUAAUAGUAAAUUCAGUCCAGCUUUUAUCUUUUUGCUGAGUUCAAAGGCUGGUGGAGUAGGACUGAAUCUGGUUGGAGCAUCUCAUUUGAUCCUGUAUGAUAUCGACUGGAAUCCAGCUACAGAUAUUCAGGCAAUGGCUAGAGUAUGGAGAGAUGGUCAGAAACAUACUGUAUAUAUCUACAGACUGCUAACCACAGGCUCAAUAGAAGAAAAGAUCUAUCAAAGACAGAUCAGCAAACAAGACCUUUCUGGGGCAGUUGUAGACCUUUCCAAGACAUCUGAACACAUCCAUUUUUCCAUUGAGGAGCUUAGAAAUCUCUUUACUCUUCAUGAAGAUUCCACCUGUGUUACCCAUGACUUGCUUGAGUGCGACUGUAUGGGAAAGAAAGACCAUCAAAAUCCUUCCUCGGAAAAGCCUUCUGUAUCUAGAAGUUGCCAGCUUGGACAAAACCAUGGGAAGCCUCAUUCAAAGAAACCACUCUCCAUGUCACAGUUGAUGCAAUGGAAACAUUUCUCUGGGCAACAUCAGACUCUCACUGAUCCUUUCCUUGAAAGGAUUAAAGAGAAUGUUUCUUUCAUUUUCCAGAAUGUAACCAGUCCAACUUCCACCAGCUAAUAAAACUUAAGUGCCUUUCCCUAUCACUUGCAUCCUCCCCCUCAUAGGUAUAGUAAACAACUGAUCAACUGAUGUGCAGUUACCUUUUGUUCUUUUUGCCAAGUUCUGUUUUGUGUCCUCCUGACAAGGUUUCUGGGUAAAUGUGAUUCCUGAUGUUUAUACAAAGUUACAAUUAUUACUAAGUUAAUCAUACUUACUAUAUUUAUAAUACAGGUUUUUAAAACUAACUUUGCUUUCCAGUCUUCUGUUCCUUUGAUAACAUAAUUAGUAAGAUAGUUUUUAUGCACAUUCCUAUGUAUGUCUUUGUUUUAUAGUUUUCAUUUGAUCGUGAUGAUUUAUUGCUUGUAAAGCUGGCAACUCUUCAGCCAAAUUUUGUAAGAUUAGGCAAUGCUGUAUGCAUGUAUAUGCUGUUAACAAGACUCUGGUUGGAUUUUUGUUUCGACAAUGAAAAGUUAUGUAUCUGUAUAACUGUGGCUUUAUAACAAGGUAGGUAUUUGUUCCCUUGAAUUUAAAAUUUAAUGAAACUCAGAGCAAUAGCCACUGAGGUCCAAAAUUCUGAGACCACAGCUUGAUACUGUGACAAAAUAUUCCGAAAUUCUCCUAUUGCUUUUACUUGAGAAAAUAAAAAACCUUAUUUCUCAGA